UUUACUUCCGUGUUCAGGGACUUGUCAAGCUCUUAUUGGUUUACAUCAGCAUUAAUGUUUGAAAGUGCCUGUCCUCGAGCUUUACAUCCUCUUGCUCUUGGUUAGACACAAACAUGGGAUUAAUUCACGCUCUCCGCGGCUUCAUCAAAUCAUUUUUGGUCGUUCUUUUGUGGUCCAAAUGCCAGGGUCGGGAGUCCGAGUUCAACUAUGUCACUUGCGGUUCACUUGUGAAAUUGCUGAACACGAGACACAACGUUCGGCUGCACUCCCAUGAUGUCAAAUACGGCUCAGGCAGUGGGCAGCAGUCUGUGACGGGCGUCGAGAGUGCAGAUGAUGCCAAUAGUUACUGGAGGAUUCGGGGGAAGCCCAACGGGACCUGCCAACGCGGCGUGCCCAUCCAGUGUGGGCAGGCCAUCCGCAUCACGCACAUGACCACGGGACGCAACCUCCACACACACCACUUCAGCUCGCCGCUGUCCAACAACCAGGAGGUGAGUGCGUUCGGUGAGAAUGGCGAGGGGGAUGACCUGGACGUGUGGAGGGUGCAGUGUGACGGCUCCAUCUGGGAGCGGGACGAGGCGGUGCGCUUCAAACACGUUGGCACAGACGCCUUCCUGACCGUGACGGGCGAGCAGUACGGCCACCCCAUCCGCGGGCAGAGGGAGGUGCACGGCAUGGGCACUGCCAACCAGAACAACUACUGGAAGGCUAUGGAGGGUGUCUUCAUUCAGCCCAGCCAGGAGCCGCUGAGACACAAUCAUGAAGAGUUCUGAUGACGUCAUCAACACUGCACCACGACGAGCUCUGAUGUCAUCAACACUGCACCACGACGAGCUCUGAUGAUGUCAUCAGACAUCACAUAAUACACACCUAGGUUACAUCUGAAAUGAACCCUAUUCCCUAUUGCAUAAUAUACACUGAGUGUACCAAACAUUAAGAACACCUUCCUAAUAUUGUCUUGCACCCCCCCACCUACUAUCAUACCUUGUUCAAAGCCACUGAAAUAUUUUGUGUUGUCCAUUCACUCUCUGAAUGGCACACUUAGGGGGUGUGGUUGUGAGAUAUACGUGAUGUAUAUGGUUGCGGUGAAAACAUGUGGGUCUGAGCAGAUGUGAUGUCAUUGAUGUUUGUUGAAAUGUGUUUACUUUGUUUAUGUAUGGUUGUUAUUGUAAAAAAAAAGAAGACUUGUACACACACUUAAACAAUCCAUAUCUCAAGGCUUAAAAAUCAUUUUUUAACCUGUCUCCUCCCCUUCAUCUACACUGAUUGGCGCAGCGGUCUAAGGCACUGUAUCGUAGUGCUAGAGGUGUCACUACAGACCCUGGUUUGAUUCCAGGCUGUAUCACAACUGGCUAUGAUUGGGAGUGUCGUAGGGAGGCGCACAACUGGCCCAGCGUCGUUAGCGUUUGGCCGGGGGUAGGCCGUCAUUGUAAAUAAGAAUUUGUUCUUAACUGACUUGCCUAGUUAAAUAAAUAAAGUGGAUUUAACAGGUGACAUCAAUAAGAGAUCAUAGGUUUCACCUGGUCAGUCGUGGAAAGAGCAGGUGUUCCUAAUGCUUUGUACACUCAGUGUGGCUCUGAUCAAAAGUAGGGCACUAAAUAGGGACUAGGGGGCCAUUUCAGACACAUUCCGCUGCAGGAGGACACUGACACAUUCUCAUUACCCAACCAGGACCAAUGGGGAUGACUACUGACUACUGGCUCACAUUAGGAGCAUUAGACCGAUGAGGGAGAUGAAUGAGAAUCAGUUGGAUGUUUUGAAUUUGACAACUUUAAACAAGAUGGAAAGUGAAGAAUUUGGCUAUGAUUAGUUUCAGAGGGAAAUAUUGAUGUAAUACAGGUAGAUGAUCAUUCACCUGUGUACUCCUCAGUGACUGACUGCACAGAUCCUGAUGCUAAUAAAAACACAAACAUUCCCUUGAUCACUUGCAACCAAGGUCCACCUCACUAGUUAGUAAAGAGAGUAUCUAUUGGUCAAUGCCUUGGCUAUGAAGAGCUCACAUAUAGACACCACAUAGUGUGCUGUAAGGCCUUUUCCCCUUAGACAUGACUCGCCUUAUUGCUCUUUUGUGCUUUUUGGGAGUGUUUUCUUCUUGUGUUUAGACUUUUUAUGUUAAUGUCAGGAAGGGAUAUGUUUUAUUUGUAUAAGGGAAGAUCGUAUAAGAUGAUUUAAAAAAAAAAAAUUACUCAUCCAUUUGCAGUUGUGUCAUCCAAGUGGAUAUUUUAUACUGUAAAUAUACAGGUUCAACUGUUAAGGUAUGAAAAUGCACCUUAGUGUGGGUUAUAUGUAGCUGUCUGUUGCUCCUUCAUUGAUAAAUACAUAAACAAUGAAAUGUC